CACGGUGGCCAAAGUGCUCUGCGGCAAUACAAAAUACAGCAGCAGUUGAGCAGUGUGGUGCACGCUCUCGUCCGAGACGCACGUGUCGCCGGAGAAGAACAUUGUGUUCUUGUAUAAUACCCUCAUGUCCAUGUGUGUUACCACGUGACUAACUACAUGCGCGUGUUUCUUUUUGUUUUUUAAAAUAGUGGAUAUUUUAAAAGGAUUUAUUUUUAUUUAAUAAUCUUGUGGAUUUACUUUUUUUAUUACUCACAUGAUAGACUACUCGAGUAGCAAAUAAUUAACACGGCAAUAAAUUAUUUUAUUGAGUGUAUAUCAAUAAUUUGAGAUAAACAUUUUAAUAAGAAUUAUUAUUUUGCUUAUUAUUUUUUUAAUUCAUCUGAAGACCGGAAGUGCACCGGUUUCCCUACAGACAUGUUGCUUAAUCUACAGAUAGCAGUGUGUCUAGUAGCACUGGCUGCAUCGGUAUCUGCGGAGGACAAGACCGAAUCGGCACCCGACACAGUGUCGCUGUCACCGGCUCCAGCGUCUCCGAUAACGCAGAGCAACACGAUACAGAAGCUGAGAAAAAUUCUCGAGAAAAAUGACCAGGAGGAACCACGUGAGCUGAAACGUGUAUCUCUCAGUAAUCGUUUCGUCACGUGUAACGAUGGCUCGCAAGCUGGAUUUUAUUACAGAAAAUCUGUUUCUAAGAAAUGGAUCGUCUUUCUCGAAGGCGGGUGGUGUUGUUUUGAUUAUCAGUCCUGCAGACACAGAUGGGCUAAUUUGAGAAAUUUCAUGACUUCUACCAAUUGGUCAGACACUCGAGAGGUCGGAGGUAUUUUGUCACCGAACCCACGCGAAAAUCCCCAUUGGUGGAGCGUGAACCAUGUAUAUAUUCCGUACUGCACGAGCGAUAGCUGGAGCGGGACUAGAAAACAUAUCGAGGGAUUUUUUUCAUUUUUGGGGGCAGAAAUAUUACUGCAAGUAAUUCGGGACCUGAUGCCACUUGGUCUUGACACCGGCACCAGUCUUAUGCUCGCGGGGAGCAGCGCCGGCGGGACUGGCGUGAUGUUGAAUCUCGAUCGCGUAAAGAAUCUCAUUCACAACGACUUGGGGAAGAAGAAUAUUGUCGUAAGGGGUAUCAGCGACUCUGGAUGGUUCUUAGACCGCGAACCGUACGCCCCGAAUGGCGGAAUGUCACCCGUUGAAACCGUUAGGAUGGGCAUGGAAUUGUGGGACGCACGUAUGCCCGAUAAUUGCGUCGCUCAGUAUCCAGAUGAGCCGUGGAGAUGCUUCUUUGGUUACAGAUUGUACCCAUCUCUCACUGCGCCAUUGUUUAUAUUUCAAUGGCUUUUUGACAAAGCCCAAAUGAAAGCUAACAAUGUUGGUACGCCAAUGAGUAAAGAACAAUGGAAUUAUAUCCAUAAAAUGGGUGAUAGUUUACGUCAAACGUUUGACAAUGUCACUGCAGUAUUCGCACCAAGUUGUAUAAGCCACAAUGUAUUAACAAUACGUGAUUGGCAGAUGGUUAAAAUUGACCAAGUGUCACUACCACAAGCGUUACAUUGUUGGGAAAAGAGUUCUCCUCAUCGUGCCAAUACGAACAACACACAAGUAGAAACUAAUCAAUCUUGUGGCAAGUCAAUUACGAAUCCGUCAUUGCGCACAAACCAGACGAAAAAAAAUACGACAGUAACAUCUGCUACAAGUGGAAAUAAUGAUAAUAACAGAAACGAUGAUGAUACAGGUGUUGAUAUAAAGCAAAACAUAAAUUUACUUGGCAGAAAAAAUCGCGUUAAAAUGACGAUGGGUAAUAACAGUAACGGUCCGAUCAAUGGGAGAGGUAAUAAAAAAAGAAAACGCAGAAGAAAGCAUAAAGAUAAUAAACGUCUGAGGGAGCGCAACAGAAAUGGGAAAAAUAGAGAGAGAAAAGAUAAACGUCAAAGAAGAAAAGAAGGACGUAAACAAAAUAAUAAUAAAUAUAUAAGCGGUAAUAAUCAUCGAACAAUUUUGAAUGACACACGACCACAGCGGUCAUUGUUGUCGGGAGGCAACAGAAGAGAAAGAACAUGCGCGGAUAAUAAUUGUCAACAUCGUCAUAUUGAGAGAUGCACUUGGCCACAGUGUAAUCACAGCUGUCCAAAGCUUCACAAUCCGUUUACCGGGGAAGAAAUGGAUUUUAUUGAAUUAUUAAAGAGUUUUGGACUUGACAUGAAAAGCGUUGCUAACGCACUUGGUAUUGACAUUCACACUCUCAACAACAUGAAUCACGCCGAGCUACUUAAUUUAUUGACGCAGCAAGCGAACUAACGCCCAAAAUAAUAAGACUCCUAAAACCUCUAAACUAAUUACGCCCCGGUUAUUUUUUUUAAUGUUAAUCAACAUGUAAUUAACGUCACAAACAAUUUUUAUUCUUUGAUACACCGGUUAUUAAACCAAAACUUUAUGUAUAUAGUGUUUCUCACUAAAAGUUUUAUACUAUAGAUUUAUAUAUAUAUAAUUUAUAUGUAUGUAGUUUAUAAUGUUGUACACAAUUUUUUUAUUAUUUAUUUUAAUAGUAUAGAUAAUUAAGGAUGAAUAAUGAUACAAAUUUUUUUUAAGUUCUUUUUUGAUGUUAAAAAAAAAAUUAUUGAUCAAUGGGGUAGCGGUUUGACCAUCAAAUUUUUUUUAAAAUCAUUUUUUAUGACGAAAUAUUUUGAUAUUUAAAACUACCACUCAAUCCUCAGAAAUUUAUAUAUUUUUUAUAUUUAAUUUAUUGUAAUUAUUAUGAAAAAAAAAAGCCCUACCCUAUUUAUAGACUGAUUAAAUUAUCUACCUCAGCAAAUAAAAUUGCAUUGACGUCCUUCGUACGUAAAAUAAAAUAAUAAACCAUAUUCUAUUAUCAUGUAUACUGACACAAUGUAAUCUAACUAAUUAAGAAAAUAAAUAAAUAAAUAUAAAAGUAAUCUUUGUAAUUUUGAAAAUGUAACAAAAAGAAUAUGUAUCUAUAUAUAAAAUAUAUAUACACCUGUAUAAUUUAAUAACUAAUAUUUAUUUAUCUUGCAUCGAUAAAAUAUUUUUAACAAACGACCC